ACGUGUCCGUACGUCCAUGCAUGUGGCGUGUGCAAGCCUCGUUGCAUGGUGAGUGUGGUGCGACGUCAGAGCCGAUGGAUGAUUGGGACAAUACCAUGUUCCUGAUGUUUUUCGUCCUUCUGCAGUGCAUGAACAGAAGGAACGUGGCGGGGAUGGCUGUCCUGGAGGCAGCGGCUGCGAUGCCGACUUGUCUGUCAGGGUUGUCUUCCACCCUGUUGCAUCUCACGGGUGCGGUGAUGCAUAGCAUGUCACUGGCUGACGUGCUGGGCAGCGUUUUCAUCAGUCGUGUGGAUGAUCGAAGACGUGUGUGGGUGUUGGAACGCACUGGGGGUGUGUGGAAGGACCUCCAAAGAGAGGGAGGCAAGCACAAGAAGGUCUUCCAGCGGUUCUGCAGACUUCCCCGGCCGCUGUUUAAUGAGAUUCUGGCUCACAUAGCGCCACAUAUCCAGCGUCAGACGAUGAACUGGAGACAGCCAGUGCCGGCGGUGCAGAAGUUUGCAUGCGCUCUCAUCAGGCGGGCGACGGGAGGUUACUAUAGGCAGUCAGUGCAUGGUUUGGGGCUUGGUUUGGCGAGCGUGCUGCGGAGCAACAUCGAUGUCGCCGAUGUGCUGAUCAGGGAGCAUGGGCAUCUGCUCCAAUUCCCAACCGGGCAGAAGCUGCAAGAUACGCUGGACGUUGUCGAACGCAAAGGUUUCCCAGGGUGCGUGGGAGCCAUAGACUACACCCAUGUGUACAUCGAGAAGCCUGCAGGUCAGAGAGGGGAGUGUUUCUAUGAUCGCACUGGCCAAUUCUCUGUCGUGGUGCAGGUAGUCUGCGACCACGAGUGUCGAAUUCAGAGUGUUUUCGUGGGUUGCCCGGGGUCUGUUCAUGAUAGUCGGGUGCUGCGAGUGUCUCCUUUGCAUCGCGAGGCGCAACGCGGUGGUGGGGUGGUCGGCACAGGUGGGGAGGUGCUGCGUGGUGGCCGUACGAUUGGCAGGUACUUGCUCGACGACGCUGGCUACCCGCAGCUGCCGUGGAUUAUGACUCCGGUUGGGGGCAACAGCAGGAAUGAGGCUGAACAGGUGUACGAUGAUUGUCACACCUCCGCCUGGUCGAGCAUCGAACGCACUUUCAGAAGAUUGACGUUCGUGUGGAGGAACUUCAUCAGGACACAGAUUGCGAAUAUGAAAACCCUUCGCAAAGAGUUCAUGGCCAUUUGCAUACUUCACAACCUGAUGGUGGAACACAGGGUGCAGGUGGAUCCUUAACUGCUAUCCGACGACAGUGAUAGUGAUGGUUGUGAUGUGCAAAGCCGACGUC